UCAAAGUAAGCCAUGAUGCUUAUCCCUGUCUAGCUCAGUACCGGAGAUGAUUCCGUUAACCAACUCAGAAGCGAUGACCUUCCUGCAGAACAAAGGGCUCAAGACACUUCUUCCUAUAGAGAAGAAAGUUAUAGGCCACUUGACAGUCUUCUACAAUGAUUCAGGCGAGAAGCAUUUUGAGAAGGAAGAGUUUACACAACUUAUGGAGAAAUAUUUCUUAAUGAAAACCGAAAUGCUUGAGCUCAUGAAUAACUACUCAAGCGACUUUAGAGGGUAAGGCAAAGAAGAAACAUAUAAUCUAUCCAUAUAAAACUAGGAGAUUCAGGCUUGGGCAGGGAAUUUAGGAAUGGUUAAGGGAAGUCUCUGGUUCAGGAGGAGGCUGGGGCUGAGUGAAGGCUGAUAGGACUAGGAAAUGAGGUUUAGGAAGGAUUUUUGGGGGAAUUGUAUAGAGAGUUCAGGAAACGAGGAGA